GCGUAGUUGAUUGUUGUGAUUGAUAUGUUCAUAUAGAUAUAAUUAUGUUUAUAUAAGUCUAUUUUUGACAAAAAUUGAUUAUGACAUUAUAUCUUAUUUAAACAAUAUAUUUUUUAUGUCUUUAUGUAUUUAAAUUGUGUUUAUAAACAACCGCGUAUGUUAAAUAUCUAGUUUACGUUGUGAAAACUCGUGUAUUGGUUUUAUAGGUUAUAUUGCGCGGGAAAAAUGUUUAAAUUUUCAAAUAUGCCCGUGACUAUUUGUUACUUGAAUUGUACACGAAUAUUUAUUAGAAAUAAAUCUAAAUAUUUAACAAAAGCUGAAGUAAUAAAACGUUUGAUGAAAGAACAAACAAAAUCAUUUGGCCCAUUGUUAGAAAAUAGUAAACAAAGAAAAAAAAGAUUGAAAUCAAUUGAAUCGAAUAUAAAAGUUGAAUCAACAACAAAUAAUAAUAAUAAUAAUAAUAAUAAUAAUAAUAGUAGUUUAAAUUUGGAAAAUUCUGAAUUUUUGUGGACAAUUAAUAGUGCAAAUAAUGGAAAUUUGAAGCUUAUUAAGACAGACAGAAAAGAAAAUUCAAAACAAUCGUUAUCAUUUAAAGAAUAUAAUAAUAAGAAUAAUAAUAGCAUUAAUAAUAUUUUACCAUCAGAUUUAAUUGUAAGUAAUGAUAAAAAUGAAAAUCGUAAAAAAACUUUACCUGAAAAUAAAUAUAAUAAAAAUGAUAAUCGGAAUCAAUUAAACGAUUCUGUUAAAUUAAAUGAAGAUAAUUUAUCAUCGAAUAAAUUGAUAAAACCUGAAGUCAAUAUAAAAAAUAGUUCGAACUUUGAAAUAACAAAUUUCCCAUUAAUCAAAACUCCUAAGGAUGAUCAAGAUUAUUGGAAAAUUUCUGAAAUUAUAACCCAACCAUUAAUAGAAUCAAAAAACUUUUCAUUGCCUGGUGUAACUAAAAUUUUAAGUGCAACUAUGUCUGAUGAAGCUAAAUUGAUGUUAGAAAAUUGGAAGAAGAAAAUGAUUUUGAAAUUAGGUGUUGAAGGAUUUGAAAAAUAUAAUCAAGAUUUAUUGAAUGACAGUAAAAUAAUGCAUUCAUUAAUUGGAAAUACUUUAAUGAAAGAACAAGUUGACGUACCUGAUCAUUUAAAACUUACGUACAGUAGUAUAAAACUAAUAUUAAAAGAUGUAACUGAUGUACGAUUGAUAGAGUCGCAUGUUGUUCAUCCGACUCUUGGAUAUCGUGGGAUUAUUGACUGCGUUGCCUGUUAUAGAGGUACUUUAUGUCUUAUCGAUUGGAAAAAGUCUGAGAAAAUAAAAACACUGAGUUCAAUUUACGAUUCACCUUUGCAGCUGAGCGCUUACAUUGGUGCAUUAAAUAGCGACCCGAAUUAUCCAUUCAAGGUGAAAACCGGCGUUUUGGCAAUUGCUUAUGUUGAUGGGCAACCGCCUUCAGUAUUUGAAUUUACCGCUUCUAAACUUGAAUUUUAUUGGCAAGAAUGGUUGAAAAGAGUUAAAAAAUAUUAUUCUACAUGAUUCACACA